AUGAUCUGUGCGAACGACUUCAAUAAAGGGAAUAUGUGCGAAGAAACUACGACUGUGAAUGUUGAAGGCCGGACCGCCUCUCCUAUGCGAGCGCCGUUAAGCGAGCUAUCAACCGAGGUGGAAGGCAUUAAACUCGAUGUAACGAUAGCAGAGCGGGAAAUAGAAGUCAACAAAAGUGCUAUGAGCAAAGUUGAGAGCAAUCUACACGAGGUAAAUAAUGGCUACGAAGACCUUCGUCUACAGUUCGAUGAAUACAAGAAAAUAACCGAAGUAUUAAUUCAGAGGGACAGGUUUCAACAUUCGACAACAUUUGAAUAUUCAAAUGUGUUAAUCCAAGCGAAACUAAACUGUACCAAGAUGAA